UAUUAUUGUGUGUGUUAUCACACUGCUAUACACUACUGAAUAAAAUCUUGUACUGAUACACCUAAUGGACUGUAGUAUCUGAGUACUUUCAGUAUAUGCUUACUCCAGUGUUUUGUCUGUGAGGUCUUCAGUUCUCCAUUUUCCUCUCCGGUUGCUACAUGUGCGGCUCUAAAGUCUUUUGUAAACUUUUCUUUUUUUACAUUAAGUGUUAAAACAAACUCAACUGUUACUUCACGUACUGUUGAAGAAUACAUGGGAGAUUGUGUAUCUGAUACACAAACUGUUCUAUUUAAUUUUGUUCUAUUCUGGGUCAGCAUCAGGAAUGGAGCAUUUAUCGUGCAAGUGGCAAGAGAGUCUUUAGUAGAUAUUCAGACAGGAAAACUGCCAUUAUCAUUCUGUAUACAAGGGUAGCUUAUCUGCAAACUGCAGGCUGUCUACAAAGUUUGCAAAUGUUUGUCUGAGAUGUACUAGUACUAUUUAAUUUGUUUGCAAAACAAGCCACCUUAAGCCUGUGAUUGUUCUACUUCCUCUGAAAGAUGCUGUAUUGUGAUGCAGGAUUAUAUAGCCACUGAGGGUGGCUGUGCACCCUCAAAUUUACUGCCACAGUUGCGUGCAUGUAGCAUGCAAACCAAGCUUGGCAAAUUUGCUCAUAGCUUAAUUCCAAUGUGGUAUCCAAAUCUAGCCACUUCUAUCGGCGGGGGGGAGUAGUGCAUUUUUAUUUGUGGCACCUUUCUACAACCCAAGGUCACUGUACAAAGCAUAAAAGAACAGCAUUGGAGUCAACAACUGGAGUCAAAUUUUAAAGAGUAAGCCAGUUUAAACAGAUGGGUUUUGACUUGAAUAAGGGAAGAGAGCCAGUAUUCAUGAUCUCAUGAGGAAGUGAAUUUCAAAGUUGGGGAGCAGAGUGGCUGAAAGCUCUGAUCCACAGGCAGGCAGCAAAGCUGCUGAAGACCAGUGAGAGGGUGUGUGAGUUAUGAUCCAGGCUGCAGAAUUCUGGAGGAGUCAGAGAUUGCGAAGGGCCUUGUUAGGAGGACUGAAGAGAAUUACAAUAAUCGAUCUCAGGAGUGACGAGGCUAUAAACAAGGAUAUGGGGGGUGGUAAGGAAAGGACAGACAAUUGAUGUUGCGUAAGAGGAAGUAGGUGGACCAGUUGAUGCAACUAUUAUGAGACUGAAAUGACAAAGUUCUGUCGAGGAUGACACUCACACUCUUAACCUGAGAGGACCGAAAGAUUGAGGAGUUGUCAAUAUCAAUGGAAAACUUGUGGCAUUUGGUUUAAGUGGAAGCUGUGCCAACAAACACAGCUGCAACCAAAAUGAUAAUGCUAAAAAUUCAGAGGCCAGGGCCCUAUCCUAAAAGAAGAGUUCAACACAUCCAGGGUAUCAGAGGCCAGGGCCCGUAUCCCUAAAGAAUCUUUGUGCAAAAAGUGGCUCCUAGCGGCCAAAUUCUAAGAAAAUUCUCAGAGUUAUGACGUUUUCUUCGAAUUUCCCCUAAAAGUGACACGACAAUCCCAGUUAAUAUAAAAGUUAUUCCUCAAGAUUCCUAGCACUUAAAAGGGCUCCUAAGGCGAGAUCUGCUAAGAGCAGGGAAGAGGACUUUUAGUGGCUUAGGAGUUCCCCUAAGCAGCUGCACAAAAUGGCCAACAGAAGAGGCAGGAGAGAUGUCCUGCAAACACUGGAUGACAGGGAAUUAUUGAGACGCUAUAGAUUGGAUCGUGCAGGAAUCAUGUUUGUGGUGGAUCUCCUUAGAGAUGCAAUUACUUCACCAACUCGAUGCCACAACGCUAUUACACCGGAGAUGAAAGUAAUCACAACCCUGAGGUAUUUGGCAACCGGGAAAAUGCAACAAUGCAGCAGUGAUGACUUGGGUCUGUCCCAGUCCUCCGUCAGCAGAGUCAUCACCCAAACACUGACAACUUUGUCACAACCUAAUAUUGUGACACAAUUUGUUUCAUUCCCGCUGGAUGCCCGCACUUUACACACACAUAAAAGGGCAUUUAUGGACAUUGCAGGAUACACUGGCGUUGUGGGUGUAAUUGAUGGAACACGUGAGAAUAAUUGCGCCAUCAGAGGAUGAGGCUGUCUUUGUUAACAGGAGGAAUUUCCACAGCAUCAAUGUGCAAAUAGUGUUCAAUGCGGCCUGUAAGAUUUUGGACACUGUGGCGAAAUGGCCAGGCUCCACACAUGAUGCGAGAAUGCUCUCCGAGAGUGGCAUCAGACAGCUUUUUGAGAGACACUAUGUGCCAGCUAAUUGCCACUUGUUAGGGGACAGUGGCUACCCAUGCAAACCAUGGCUCCUUACACCUUACCUCCAGCCACGCCAAGGGCCCCAACUAAACUAUAACAGGGCCCACAAGACAACAAGAGCGGUGGUGGAGCGUGGCAUAGGCCAGCUUAAGAGGCGCUUUCAUGUUCUCCACGGAGAGGUGCGGCUGAGGCCUGAAAAAGUCAGCAAAGUCAUCAUAGCCUGUGCAAUAUUACACAAUAUUUGCAAGGUUAGACAGAUUGCAGAACCUCUGGAGGAUGGCGAUGAGGAUGAAGACAACGAUGAGGAUGGUGGUGAAGAAGAUAUUUACAUUCCACAGGGGAACCUAGCCCAGAGUGGACUGCCUUACAGGGCAAACUUCACAAAUAUACAUUUCAGGGAUGCUGACGGAGCAGGUGCUGCGGAUGGGAAUGGUGUUUGAUCCACCGGGCUAUCCUGAGUAGCAGCUGCAGAUGGUUCAGGCGGCAAUCUCAUCGGCAAACUUGAUGGGCCCGGUUCUU